AUGCCGUCUCUGGUAGCAUAUGGACGUCGUUGGGCUAUUGCCAGCGACGAUUUUGUGUUUCCUGAACUAACAGAAGCUUUUGUUCGUUUGGCCUGGAUUUUCUUUGGCGUUGUUGUAUUUAUUUUCCAUUUCCCAUUGUCUUGUACGACAAAGGAUAUAACCUUCCCUAUACUCAUAUUGUUAGUACUAAAUGGAAUAACUGUAGCUUUGGCACUCUUGACCGCUGCGAUUUCUUCGAAAGGAACGAUUCUCAAUGACCUUCCUAGAAAACAUGUUGCAACCUUGUUAUACAUCAGGUUGCCCGUACUCGUGGUGGAGGUUAUAUGGACGAUUAUAUCAACGUUCCAGGCUUUUGAAUCACCGGGUGUUGAUACGGCUUGUCAUUUCACCACGGUCAUCAAAGUUACCAUUAUAUUGGAAUGGAUCCUAAUCUUCUGUGUGAUAUUGGGAGUCAUUUUUGUGUUUCAUCCUAUCGAUGAAGAUGGAAUGGAAGAUGUCUCCAUAAUAGCCCGGCGAACAUGGUCAAGACGUUUCAGAAUUUUCAAAAUUCGACAAGAUGCCUUAAUGAGAGCAGCUCUAGAUGACAUAGCCAAUUUGUUAGCAUCGUUCUUCCAGGAGGGAGACGUAGUAUUUAGUGAUGUGGUUGCUGGUCUUCUUCUGGUUGUCCAUUCUCCUACCAAUGUUAAUCCUCCACUUAUGCCUGCUCCCACUACUCGGGCGGAGUGGAUGACUGAAAAAAAUGCUUUACACUUCCUCCAUUUUGCAACUUGUGUAUAUGGAUGGCCUACCUAUAUAAUGCAUAACUGUGGUAUCGGACCCAUCGCAAAGCUAUUCCGGAAAAUGCAAUGUUGCGGAAGCUUACGGUGUGAUCAAGGAAAUGUAACAGAUUUAACGUUCGAAAUGAGAAGCUUCGAAGAUGAACCUCCGAUAUUUGACAGUAAGGAGAAAAGAAAGGUUCUGGUCAUCGAAGAUAAUUGUUGUUUCUGUAAUACAGCAGCUUUCGUAUUAUCCACAGAAAUGAAAAAUAUUGAUCUCUUUUUCGUAUCUUUCCGUAACAGGCUUUGCGAGGUUCCUUUUGUUGUUUUCGCUGAUCAUGAUACGAACAGUGUAGUUGUCACUAUUAGGGGAUCUUGCUCUAUUAUGGAUUUAAUAACAGAUCUCUGCUUAGAUGAUGAAGUCCUCUCUGUAGACGUCGAUACCGACCCAGUCCUAGCUCAAGAUUCUACCUUGGAUAAUGGAGAAGUUCGAGUACAUAGAGGAAUGCUACGUAGUGCUCGAUAUGUUUUCGAUUGUUUAAGAAAACAUCGCGUUCUGGAAGACAUGUUUGUGCUUAACCCCACCUAUAAACUUGUGGUGUGCGGUCAUUCUCUAGGUGCAGGAGUUGCUUCUCUGUUAACACUUCUCUUAAAGCAACAGUAUCCUGAUAUCCAAUGCUUCGCAUUCUCUCCCCCAGGAUGUGUCAUCAGUGAGGAAGGUUUAGGCGAAAUGGAGAAUCACGUAAUGAGUGUAGUUGGUGGAGAUGACUUCGUAUCUCGCAUUUCUUAUCAGUCGAUGUUCCGCUUGAGAGAAAAAGUUGACUUGGAGCUGAAGUCUUGUGAUAAAGCCAAAUACGAAAUUCUCAUUCGCGGAGUGUUCCGUCUUUUCUUCAAAUCUCCCUGGGCUCCACUUUCAGGCAUUUCUGGAACUAAUGCUGAUCGAACCAACCUAAUAGCUGAAACAGCUUCGACAGCCACUUAUGGAAGCGCCAUCGAAAUAGAUGAACCUCAAGAUGACAUCUUCCCGGCUUCAUCUCUAGUGCCAUCGAGAGUACAGCUUUACGCUCCUGGAAAGAUCUUGUACGUUGCCAAGGAAAAUAUGACUCUGAUAAGAGAAUGGAUAGAUGCAAGGUGUUUAUCGGAUGUGAAACUAUCAGCGUCCGCUAUAACGGAUCAUCUACCCAAGAAUCUAACGAACGUAAUGGAACAAAUAGUUCAGGAAGCAGGUGAACCAGAUGUUCACGUUUCAAUUUAG